UUUAAUAAUCUAUCGCACCGGCUUAUACCGCAAUUGCCAGCUGGGAUGGUCGACUUUUCAAUUUGCUAGCGAUUGUUUUCUUAUAUUUUUAUGCAUAAACGUUCAAAUGUUGCCCCUGGGAGAUGACAAAAAGGAUCGCUAUGCCAAGCUGUCCUUUCUUGGCGAGGGUCAGUUUGCCAUUGUGUACAAGGCGCGCGACACCGUAACCAGCCAAAUUGUGGCUGUGAAGAAGAUUAAGAAGGGCAGCCGUGAUGAGGCACGCGAUGGCAUCAAUCGCACAGCAUUGCGUGAAAUUAAAAUACUGCAAGAGCUGCAGCAUGAGAAUAUUAUUGGACUGGUCGAUGUCUUUGGCCAGCUGUCGAAUGUGUCGCUAGUCUUUGAUUUCAUGGACACCGAUCUGGAGGUGAUCAUCAAGGACAACAAGAUUAUACUCACCCAGGCGAACAUUAAGGCAUAUGCCAUCAUGACGCUGCGUGGCCUCGAAUAUCUCCACGUCAAUUGGAUACUGCACCGCGAUCUUAAGCCUAACAAUUUGCUGGUGAACAGCGAUGGCAUCUUAAAAAUAGGCGAUUUCGGUUUGGCAAAAAGUUUUGGCUCGCCCAACCGAAUCUACACGCAUCAUGUGGUCACGCGCUGGUAUCGCUCACCGGAGCUACUCUUUGGUGCCCGUCAAUAUGGAACCGGUGUGGACAUGUGGGCCGUUGGCUGCAUACUGGCUGAGCUGAUGUUGCGUGUACCCUUUCUGCCCGGCGAUUCGGACCUGGAUCAGUUAACGCGAAUCUUCAGCGUCUUGGGCACACCCACGGAGGCCGAAUGGCCGCAUCUGAGCAAGCUCCACGACUAUCUUCAGUUUCGUCACUUUGUGGGCACACCACUACAGAAUAUCUUUACAGCCGCUGGCAAUGAUAUGAUCACGCUGAUGCGCCGUCUCUUUGCUAUGAAUCCUCUCAGGCGUUGCUCAUGCCGUGAGGCGCUCAGCAUGCCUUAUUUUCGCAAUAAGCCAGCCCCCACCGUCGGCCCAAAACUGCCCAUGCCAUCGGCCAUAUUGGCCGCCAAGGAGGGCGCCAGUGUUGCCGGCGAGGAGAAGCCCGGACUCAAGCGAAAACUGGUUGAGACGACAGUCCGUGGCAACGUUUUGCCCCAGAAGAAGAAGUUGAUGUUCUAGAUGCCUACUGCAUUCAGUUCUUAUUUAACUAGUUAUUUAGGCCGAUAGUUAUACAAUACAUUAUAUUUUUCCAAACUACCCAAUCGUUUUUAUUAAGUAUAU